AGAAGGGAAAUAUGUGGGAAUUGACGUCCUUGCAUAAAAAUACAUUUCUCUCAUAGUUGUGUAUGUGAAAUGUAGUAGAGUGGUUUAGUUCUUCUGUUCAAAGCCGAAGAGCAGUCAAAGGGGGCCUUAUGUUUUGAGAAAUUGCAAGUGAAGUGAUGUCAGUAAAGUGAAUGGCUAAGGCUGGAUGAUGGGUUCAAUUUCUGGCAGGUAAAGAGGGGAUAUUUCUCCUGGCAACUGAACCAGCAUUGGGCCCACCCAGCCUCCUAUCCAACAGGCAUGAGGAGUUCCUUCCUUGUCGACAAACCAGUUGAAGCAUGAAGUUCACCACUCAUCUCCAUCUAGUAAUAAGGACCACUGCCACCCGGUAAAAAUCCAUUUGCAGUCAAAUUAAAUAAAUAAAAUAUGCACAGGAACAAUAAAUGUCUUCUAUACUUGGAAUGUGCAAGGGGCACAUAAUCAAGCUGUAGCACCAAGGGAUAAAGAAGUUCCCCUGGGCAAAGUGUCAGUGUUUUAUUUGAGAGGUAGAGGCCUUGCGACGGGAUGAUCACUUGUCCAAGGAGCCCUACUUGUCUAAUAGAUCAAAGCCAAUGAAAGUUGGGACCCACAGAUGCUCAGGCACUGAAGAACAGGUCACCUAAGUAUCUAAGUAACUUUUGGACACCAUCUUCAGUUUUCUUGCACGCAAGACAGAUUUUUAUACUGGUGGUGGUGAAGGUGCUGGAGAAAAGUUGGUAAUGGCAAAAUUCAAGAAGUACCAGAAACAGGCAUUAGAUUUGCAUGCAAAAAAGAAAGAAGAGAGAGAGGAAAUUGAAAAGAAGAGGAAAGAUAGAUUAGUACAGAAGAAAAAGGAAGAAGAAGUCCUCGUCUCUAAAGAGGAAGCCACUAUAACUGAACUGACAGAUGACGAAGCGUUGCAGUUACAGAAUGAAAUUGAAAAGGACAAAGCCGAAAGUUCAGAUGACACACCCAGUGUCGUUCCAUCUGAGAAAACCGAAGGGGAAGCGAAAGUGGACUCGGAUGAAGAGGAGGACCCGAAAGAGAAGGGGAAGUUGAAACCCAAUUCUGGUAACGGCUGUGAUCUUCCAAACUACAGGUGGACGCAAACACUAUCAGAGAUUGAGCUUAGAGUACCAAUCAAAGUGAGCUUCACGAUAAGACCCAGAGACCUGAUCGUUGACUUUCAUAAGAAGCAUCUCACGUGUCGAGUGAAGGGCCAACCUCCUAUCAUUGAUGGAGAACUUCAUAGUGAGAUUAAACUUGAGGAGACCACGUGGGUUUUAGAAGAUGGAAAAACUGUGUUUAUCACUUUAGAAAAGGUGAAUAAAAUGGAGUGGUGGAGUCGGCUUGUGCAGACAGAUCCGGAGAUAAGUACCCGUAAAAUCAACCCCGAACCCUCCAAACUGUCGGAUCUGGACGGUGAAACACGCGGCCUUGUCGAGAAAAUGAUGUACGAUCAGAGGCAGAGGGAACUGGGUCUUCCUACCUCAGACGAGCAGAAGAAACAGGAUAUCAUUAAAAAGUUUAUGGAGCAGCAUCCUGAAAUGGACUUCUCAAAAUGUAAGUUCAAUUGAUUGAUGACGGACAGCGGAUGAAGCCGGCUUUCCAGACUGAAAGUUGCCGAGGACACGACGAAUUAUAAAUCUUGUUUAAUCUCAGAUAACGUAAGGUUAGCAUUUUGCUCAGCAGGUAUAAUAUUUAAUUUUCGAUCUGUCAUCAGACGUUAACAGUUUUAAACACUUUUGAUAUGGUUUGUAAUCUGGACGGAUGAUAUUCCUGUGCAGAGAAAGAGAUGUCGAGUCUUCAUUUCGAGUUCGAUGUUCGUGUGGAAUAAUGUGAAUGAGAUGAGAAAAUUUGUUGGAAGUUCAUGAACUUAUUGUCAAAAGACACAGCACAUUUUUAACUCUUAGUUAUUCAAAAGAACAAGUUAAACGUUCACAAAUAGCAACGCACUUGUAUUUCACCGAGAAGACGACGAUACGAAGCAGCCAAAUGCCACUUAAAAAUUGUAAUAUUAUUUCCUGGAUAUUAAUCACAUUUGGGACAAAAUGUGUUCCUGCAUUUCACAAUUGAAUAUUUCUAACCCAUUUAUGUGUCUGUCAUUUUUAUGAUAUUGAAUAAUGUAUGUGAUAUUUUUUUGGCGUUAGCUGACGUUUGGUUAAUGCUUUCUACAAGUACAUCUGCUGAUGUAAUGAUUAUAAAAAAAAAGUACCAUAAAAUUAGAUUACCAAUUUAAUCCUUUUUUCUUCUGAAUUUUUUCACGUGUAUAUUUUCUGUUACUUUGUCUUAUUUCGCUGAGGUCUUUAACAAGAAAGAAGGACAGAGUCCAGAUAAGUUUAUUUUAUUAUUUUAUAAAAAGUGAUAGACUAAGGGAAA